UCUGGGUCCUACGCUCGAGUCUGAUAAGCCUUACUGCACACCCCGAGUUACACAGAGGAGAAGAGCACACUGCACAGCGAGCAAGCAACAUGCCUUCUUACAAGCUGAUCUACACGAACAAUAAAGGGCGGGGUGAACUGUGCCGUCUGUUGUUUACCUUGGCUGGACAGGAGUAUGAAGAUGUCAGAUGGACAAGGGAGACCUUACAGGCCGAAAAACACAAUCUUCUAUUCGGACAGAUCCCGGUGCUUGAGGUGGACGGCAAACAGUAUGCACAGAGUAUGGCCAUUGCGGGUUUCCUAGCGAGGGAGUUCGGAUUCCAUGGGAAGACCAGCGUUGAGCAGAUGGAGGUUGACCAAGUGAUCGGCAUCAUCAACGACAUCUUCAGUGCCCUCAUCAAACAAUUUCUCGAGCAGGAUCAAGAAAGGAAAGCUGCCAUAACAAAGGAAAACAAAGAGACAACUUUUCCAAAAGUCGUUGGCUUUUUUGAGAAGAUUUUAAAGAACAACUCUACAGGAUUUUAUGUGGGGGACAAGCUUGGAUUUGCAGAUCUCGCCGCCUUUGACACCCUUUCCAAACUGGAAGGAAUCAAUUUGGAUGAUUUUCCCUUGGUAAAAGCAAAUAAGGAGAAAGUGGAGUCCAAUGAAAGAAUUGCAAAAUGGCUACGAGAGCGACCGGACUCCGAAUUGUGAACAUGCCAAAAUGGCAGUCAGAUAUGCCCAAAA